AUGGGCGCGGUCUUUUACACUGCUCUUGCCAGAGCUCCAGGUGGACAAAACUCAUCCUGCAGCACAAACUCCACUAGCUGUGAUCUGAUGGAACUGGGAUGUGGCCAGAUAUACAACAUAACUGUGACAGCAUCAAACGGUCAAUGUAGCAGUAAUCAGAGCACCACCCUACAGGCCACAUCAGAGCCCUGUCCUCCUUUGCGUGUUAAUUCCAGCUUGAACUGCCAAGCCAACUGUGCACAGGUACAGUGGGAUCCUAAUGGUGGGGCAGAGUCUUAUGAAGUCCAGGCUCUUGAUAUCCAAGGGUACAUGACAGGAUGCAACACCACUGGAACUUUCUGUAAUGUGUCCAAUUUGCUGUGUGGCAAUAUGUACAGCAUUAGCGUGAUUGCUAUUAGCAACAAGUGCCGUGUGAGAGGAAACCCAGUCACACAACUGCAUUCAGUGCCAUGUGUCCCUGUCUCCCUGAACACCACUUUGGACUGUGUGUCUGGGGCUGUCACUGUGACCUGGCAGCCCAGCAGUGGAGCCACAUCCUACAGAACACUUGCUCAGGGAAGUGGAGGCUAUCCAUCAUCAUGCAACACCAACAGCACUGCAUGUGUGUUCACCGGGCUGCUGUGCGGACUGACCUAUAGCUUCAUUGUCUCAGCUUCUGACAGCAUAUGCACCAGCGCGUACAGCAGCAGUGUUCAGCUGAACACAGAGUAUGAUCAUGUGCUUCUAAAUCAUCAGAAUGCCCCCAAAAUUGAGUAA